AUGGCAACGGCCCCUGGAGAGAUUCGCACCAUCGAUCCUGUUCAGGGCCACGAGCACACACACACCGUCAUUCUCCUCCACGGCAGAGACAGCAGCGGCAAUGAUUUUGCAGCAGAAUUCUUUGAAAGCGAGAUAUCCCAAGACCUGGCAAAAGUCUUGGCUCAGCAGUGUCCCGGACAAGCAGACGACAUACCACCCCCUCGAACGCUCCAGGACCUGUUCCCAACCUUUAAACGGGUCUUCCCUAGCGCUUCGGCAAUCCCGUCCCAGCGAUUCGGCACCCCAUUAACCCAAUGGUUCGAUAUGUGGUCAACAGACAACCCAGGCGAGAAACCCGAACUACAGGAACCAGGCUUGUGUCAAAGUAUCGACUUUAUUAGCCGCCUUAUAGAUCAGGAGUCUCGUUUUCUGUCACGCGAGAAAGUGAUUCUGGGCGGCAUCAGCCAAGGCUCUGCAGCAGCUGUCGCGGCCUUCUUGAGUAGCUGCGAAGGCUUGGGCGGGCUCUUUGGCUUUUCCAGCUGGGCCUACCCAGAACUUUCGCCCUACGGAGUCCUAGAUCCCAACGGAAAGGCUCGUUGUGGAAAGUACCACUGCAUACAGCACGAGAAACCAAAAUUGGGGUACAUCAUUACAAAAGAGAUAACACUCACCCCCAUCUUCCUUGCCCACGCCCUCGACGACGACGUGGUUCCAGUGGAAAAUGGAAGAAUCAUCUAUGCGGCAUUGCGCAACAUGGGUGCGGUAAACGUCGAGUGGCACGAGUACCAAUAUGGGGGCCACUGGAUUACUGAACCCGAAGGCGUCGAUGAUCUCGUUCGCUUCCUCAAGCGCAACUUGAACACUCCAAAAGAGGGCUUGAGUUGA